CUGAAAUUGCUGUUAGCAACCAGCAGCCAUUUGAGUGUGAACAGCUAGCCUUUCUCCUUACAACUAAAUAGUAUUCGCGAAGAAAACGUGUCUGUAAUUUUAAUGUUGUAUAUUUAUUAAUUAUUGUUGUGAAAAUGACCUCAAAUAACCCUUCCGUUUUUCUUCUCAUGGUCAAUGGACAAAUCGAAACAGCUAAUUUCCCGGAAUAUGAUGACUUAUAUUGCAAGUAUUGUUUUGUGUAUGGACAUGACUGGGCUCCAACAGCAGGACUGGAAGAGGGGAUAUCUCAAAUAACAUCGAAAGGACGAGAUUCUUCUCAGAGCCUUGUGUGGAACUUCCCCCUGGACAUUACUUUCAAAAGCACAAACCCAUUUGGCUGGCCUCAGGUUGUGGUGAGUGUAUAUGGGCCAGACACAUUCGGAAAUGACGUGGUCCGGGGUUACGGAGCUGUGCAUGUCCCCUUUACCCCUGGAAAGCACACAAGGACAAUCCCAAUGUUUGUUCCUGAGUCCACAUCGAGGCUGCAGAGACUCACAAGCUGGUUGAUGGGUAGGCGUCCUGAGUUCACAAAUCCUAAAAUCGUUGCUCAGGGAGAGGGAAGAGAAGUAACCAGGGUGCGCUCUCAAGGCUUUGUAACCAUCCAGUUUAACAUCAUUACCAAAGACAUGAAGAAGUUGGGAUAUGACGUCGGCCAAACGCCAGCCAGGAACCUGAUGCCAUAGCUGUUACACACUCAUUAGACCUCGUUUCAUAAGUGUGCAGAUCUAAUUAUAUACUUCAAAGUACAUUAUAAAAUAGAUUUGCAUAGGCCUACUAUUCUUCCAUGCACCACUCAUUGCAGCAUUAUUUCAUUACUAAUAUUUUCCUGUCCUUUUGUAUUUUGUUUACUUGCUUUUUAUACAUCUUUUUUUUCCCCUUUUUAGCAUAAGGGACUCAGUUGGGGUACGAGCCCUGUUCUUAUCCCUUGCCACAGUGUUUACUGUUUUGUAUUUGUAUUCAACAGCUUUUACUGCAUAGUUAGCAUCAUGUUUAUUUAAGCUAUAAAACCAAGAUGUUUUGUCUAUCCUAUUACUUUUAUACAUUUGUAAUAAAAUUU